CGUACGCCGCAGUUUCCAGUCCUCUAUAGGUUAAACUACAGCAGAAGCAGAGAUGAUCCGAUCAUUAGGUUUACUCAAAUACUCUCUGAAUGUCUCUCAGAGGGCUCAUGUCAGGCUCUUAUCAUCCAGCAGAGGGGUCGCGACAUUCACUGGAGCUGACACUAAUGUCAGACAGCAGCUUCCUCACUCCACAUCUGCCAGACUCUGGAGCUCCAGCUGUGCUGCUGCUGGGGUCAGUGUGGCUCAUCGCAGAUACAGCACACAACAGGCUGAGAGCGCAGAGGAGGACACGCUCCACACAAUCAUCAGUGACACCGAGAACGUUCAAGGAUCUUACUCCAAACACGAGUUUCAAGCAGAGACGAAGAAACUGCUGGAUAUUGUGGCCAGAUCGCUGUAUUCUGAGAAAGAGGUGUUCAUCAGAGAGCUGAUCUCAAACAGCAGUGAUGCUCUGGAGAAACUGCGGCACAAGAUGAUCACAGCAGGAGGAGAAACAGCACCCAUGGAGAUCCACCUGCAGACAGAUGCAGCCACAGGCACCUUCACCAUCCAGGACACGGGUGUUGGGAUGAACAAAGAGGAGCUGGUUGCUAAUCUGGGCACCAUCGCUCGAUCUGGAUCAAAGGCUUUUCUGGAUGCUCUUCAGAAUCAAGCGGAGGCCAGCAGCUCCAUCAUCGGUCAGUUCGGUGUGGGCUUUUACUCCGCCUUCAUGGUGGCUGAUAAAGUGGACGUUUAUUCUCAGUCAGCAGAACCAGGCGCUCCUGGAUACAAGUGGUCCUCAGACGGCUCUGGAGUGUUUGAGAUCGCAGAAGCUUCAGGUGUGCGUCAGGGAACCAAGAUCGUGCUCCACUUUAAAGACGACUGCAAAGAGUUUUCAUCAGAAGACCGAGUCAAAGAGGUUGUGACCAAGUACAGUAACUUUGUCAGCUUUCCCAUCUUCCUGAACGGACGGCGGUUAAACACCCUGCAGGUACAGCAUGUGAGCCAUGUAAUAAAUCCUAAUGACUCUUCUUGUUUUGCGAUGAUGCACAACUGGUGUGUAAAUGUGUGUGAGCAGAAACCUUCCAUGUUUGACGUGAGUCGUGAGAUGGGAUCCAGUGUGGCUCUGUACAGCAGGAAGGUUCUGAUCCAAACCAAAGCCACAGACAUCCUGCCCAAGUGGCUGCGCUUCCUACGAGGUGUUGUGGACAGUGAAGACAUUCCUCUGAACCUCAGCAGAGAGCUGCUACAGGAAAGUGCUCUGAUCAGGAAACUGCGGGAUGUUUUACAGCAGCGGGUCAUUCGGUUCCUGUUGGACCAGAGCAAGAAGGAUCCGGAGAAAUACGCUCGCUUCUUUGAUGACUACGGGCUGUUUAUGCGCGAGGGCAUCGUCACCACAGCGGAGCAGAGCGUCAAGGAGGACAUCGCUAAGCUGUUGCGUUUUGAGUCGUCAGCGCUUCCUGCGGGACAGCAGACCAGCCUGAUGGAGUACGCCUCUCGGAUGAAGGCGGGAACGAGGAACAUUUACUAUCUGUGCGCGCCGAAUCGCCACCUGGCCGAGCACUCGCCAUACUUUGAGGCCAUGAAACAGAAAGAUAUGGAGGUCUUGUUCUGCUUCGAGCAGUUUGAUGAGCUCACGCUGCUUCACCUCAGAGAGUUCGACAGGAAGAAGCUCAUCUCAGCCGAGACUGAUAUUGUCGUAGAUCAUUACAAAGAGGAGAAAUUUCAAGACAGCAAACCAGCAUCAGAGCGACUGACAGAUCAGCAGGCAGAAGAUCUGAUGGCCUGGAUGAGGAACGCACUCGUACAGAGAGUCACCAACAUCAAGGUAACCACAUUGUCUGAUUUCUUUCCUCUCAAAUAA